ACGUAUUAACGCAAAUCAAAUCUGAUUGUCUUCCUGUCUGAUGGAAAGUAUUCAGACAUAUAAAACGAGGCAAGGGGUGAGACUAUUCAAAGAGACACAAGACCGCGCAAAGGAACUUAAAAAAGCACCUGGUCACUUUGGGAGGUUUGACUGGAGGUAUUUCAGGACCCCGAUCAGCGCGCGGAUCACAUCUCCAUAGCACAUGUGUAAAGCAAUGCUCGUGAGGAACGGCUCUCAGCUUUUGCUCUUCAUAACUCUCUCCAGUGUUUUUUAUGCCCGGACCUUAAGUUUACCCUUCGCCUCCAUGAGAGAUACAAGACACGCAGACGGGCUCUUCACAAGCGGAUACAGUAAACUUCUAGGACAGUUAUCUGCCAGACGGUACCUGGAGUCAUUGAUCGGAAAGCGGGUCAGUGAUGAUUUGAUGGAAGACCAGGCACCGAUGAAGCGUCAUUCAGACGCAAUAUUCACAGACAACUACAGCCGCUUUCGCAAGCAGAUGGCGGUGAAGAAAUAUCUCAACUCCGUUCUCACAGGAAAGAGAAGUCAAGAAGACCCACCCAGCAUGCAGGAGGAAUCGACUGGAGGGGAGACCACGUAUCGGGAGAGCUACGAUGACGUCACCGUAGACCGACUUCUGAAUCAUAUACCAUUGACUCUCUGAGGUCGGUUUGAAGGCAAGAAGACUACUCUCCGAGACCAUCAUAGGUUUUCCAUUUACACAGUCUAGUAUAGGACAUCAGCAUACUACUAAAACAACGUGUUGAAAAAGAAAAUUGUGGUUACCUAUGACGUAAAUGUUUGCACUGUACAUAGAAAAUAAACUUGGUUGAGAGAUGUCAGCUUGACGAUGUACAUAGUGUGCUUUGGCCUUGGAAACCGGUUUGCUUUGACAUGUUUCCUGUAAAUUGUAGAUCAAUAAAUGCAUUGAAACAAGCCCCGGACUGGUACAAUAAGAGAACCGCAUAUUCGGACCUGAAGACUGCUGAUUGGAUCUCGAGUGAUGAUGUAACACUAUUUCCGUGCAUUUUGUAAAUUGAUUAUUUUGUAAGAAUAUUUAUGUUGCUUCUGUCUGAAAUCUGAUUCUAAAGGGAUCAUUUGGGUUUGGAGGGUCGGGGCAUUGGAAAUCUUUAUUUUUGCCAUUCAAAGUAAAAUAAAAAGUUGAAGA